AUGGGACAUGCUGAAUUACAGCCAGAGGAUAUUGAUGAAUCCAUUUCAGCGCUACGAGGAGCUCUUCAAAGGACUUGGUGGGCGUUUUGUGCUACGACCAGCAUUCAUGGGCUGAAAUAUGCCAGAGAUGAGGAUACCAACAAAUACAUAAGAUUUCUAUGGUACAUCAUUACAUUGGUUAUGUUUGCCUGUGCCAUUACCAUGGUUUUCACUUUCUAUGUGGACUACCAAAGUAGUCCCACCCGCAUGAAUGUGGAAAAUGAUCAUGCACCCACAGCCAGUGUUUUAUUUCCGGCCACUACCAUUUGCCCUGAAGUUAUGAAUAAUAUGGAAAAGUCUAAGGCUUAUUUGGAAACACUUAUUAUGCCCAAUGACACCACCGUCUCAGAUCUGUUGCCUCACUUGGGUCUUGACUAUGGGUUCAUGUAUGACGAUCAGCGCUAUAACAUGAGCAUUUUGGAAAUGUUUGAUGAACUUUUGGAGAUAAAUAAUUUGCCUAUUAUCGAAUUUGCCAAGAAAACCGCUUGGAACUGCAACGAUUUGAUAUACAAAUGUCGUUUUAAGGAUACCAUUGUUCCCUGUGAUCAACUAUUUCAAUUGGCUUCAACUUUCAAUGGUUACUGUUGCUCCUUUAAUCUUAAUCAGACAUACAAUCUAAAGUUCACCAAUCAACUUGCCUAUGCGGGAUUUCGUAAUGGUCUCUCCUUGAUUCUCUACUACAACGAUACGUUGUACAAGAAUCUACGCUCCUAUUCGUUAGGAUUUAAAAUACUUAUGCAAGAAGCAAAUGCCUUUCCCAGUGCUCAUUCGACCAAUAAAUUCAUACCUCUAAAUGAAGAAGUCUUUAUCUCCAUAAAACCCACAGAGACUUUCUGCUCACAGGCUGUAAAGGAUUUGUCCUUUGAAGAGCGACAGUGUACGUUUCCCUAUGAAUACAAGUUGAGAUACUUUUCCAGUUAUGUGGCUGCAAAUUGUGAGCUGAAUUGCCGGGUUACCAUGAUGGUGAAAUUUUGUGGUUGCCACACUUAUUUCUUUUAUUCCAAUAGGACAAGCGAAAGGAUAUGCACUUACAGGGAUAUACCAUGUUUGGUGGAGAAUUUUGCCAAUAUCAUAGGACGUUUGAGAAAAUAUCAAUGCCCCUGUGUAAACAGCUGUGAGAAGGUCGAAUACAGUGCACAGGCCACAAGUUCGGCUUUGGACUUAAGUAUACAAACAGCUGAUGCCUUUUAUGAUGGUCUUCAAAGGGACUAUUCUGUAGUACAUUUGUAUAUGAAUUCGGAAGUCUAUCGUCGAGUGCGUCAUGAUCUUUUAUCGAAUAUGGUAACAUUGGUCUUAUUUCUUACCUAUCAUGGCCUGUUGAAUGAUGCAAAUUCCAAAAUACCUAUUAGGAUGAAAUCCGCUACCUCAAAAAUAGUUACUGCUUUAGAUGUCUCAGUUGUGGUAUUCGCCACUGCCGCCGGUGCUGCUAGCGGAAUAUUUGGAUUAAAUAAGACACGCGAACUAAAUACUCGUUUGCGGAAAGUUGAUGAGAUUAUUGAUGGGUUCAAGAACCACAAACAAGAAUAUUUAAAGGCCAUUAUAUUGUUAUCGUUGCCAAUGUUAUUUAUAACAAUUCUUUUGGCUUUAGAUAUUGGAACUUGGCUUAGAAUGGCAGAAAGUAUGAAAAUCUCACCGGAUGAUGAUACGGACGCCAACAUUCGAUGGUACUUACCCUUCUAUGGCUUGUAUUUGGUUCUCACUGUAUUGCACAUAAGUUUUGCCAACACAAUUUUAGGUCUACGCACACGUUUUAAAGGGCUGAAUUUAUUGCUGCAAACUUCUUUUCUGCCCAGUAACCAGAGGAGAGACUCUCAAGUUAUGGUAAAAGGUGUGCCAGUUAGAGAAGUAAAGAGUACAACUACAAACAUACUUGCGACUUCGUUGGCCUCGGAAUGUUAUAAAAUGAAUGGCAAAACCAGAGCUUUGCUUUUAAAACUUAUGGCCGAAUGUCAUGAAUCUCUGGGUAAAUGUGUUAGGCUAUCUGCAAGCUAUUAUGGUUUGACAAUUCUGUUUGUUCUCGUGUCCUGUUUUCUUCAUCUAUUGGCAACAGCGUACUUUCUAUUAAUCGAACUUUUUACCAAAAAUGAUGAUGGCUUUGUUUGGCUUCAAAUUCUGUGGAUUGUUUUUCAUGCAUCCCGUUUGUGGGCGGUGGUUGAACCUUGUCAUCGUUUAAAAAUGGAAUCUAGCAAAACUAUUCAUAUAAUAUGUGAAAUUGAACGUUCUAUACAUGAUUCUAUACUGGCAGAAGAGGUUAAGAAAUUCUGGCAACAACUUCUGGUUUUUGAGCCCAGAUUUUCAGCGUGCGGUAUGUGCAUGGUCGACCGCAAUAUUCUUGCUGCGAUGUUUUCAGGCAUAGCAACUUACUUGGUAAUUUUAAUACAAUUCCAAAAAACCAACGGCUAGAUAUUGCACAAAACUUUUUUCCCUUUUUUUAUUAAAAAAUAAAUUAUAUUAAAUCACUUCCCU